UGUGAGUAGCCAAAGCACUUUACGCACCACCGCAACAUAACAGUGACAUAAGCUGACGCGUUCUGCCAGUGCCUUCAGCGAGAUUUCGCGUUAUUUCGGGCUCUCCUUUGACCGCAGCCCUUCCACGACUCUGACUUUGUAUCAUGUACGGUAGAGAUCAUAGGGGCCCGCCUCCCCCGCCCCCGCGCGGUGGCGGUGGACCAGGCGGAGACUGGGGAGGAGACAGAGGCUAUCGCGGAGAGGACCGGCGCCGGCCUCGUAGCCCGCCGCCUCACAUGCACGAGCGUGAUCGAUACAACCGUGGUCGCAGCCCACCGCCGUCCGGAAAGCGCAUGCGCCGCGACGGACCCUACGACGGCCGCGACUACGACGCACCCUACAACGGGCGAGGCAGCCCGGACUAUGACCGCCGGCCUCCCUCGCCGAGGCACGAUGACCGAGAGAUGUUUGAGCGGCGCGCGUCGGUGGGGCGUGACAGGCCCGAAGAGGAGAAGCGUCCCAUGACCUUUAAGGAGUUUAUGCUGCACAAGGUGCCGGACGACGCCGCGCCCGACGUGGCGCACCGCAUGUUCCAGGAGUACCUGGUGGAGUAUUACGGCAGCGCCAUCAAGGCCGAGUUCGAGCAGAACAAGGACAGCGACAUGUUCAAGUACCAGUUCGACCCGCGCAACUUCGCCAAGGUGGUGGCCAGCCGCGCGGAGGAGGCGCAGGACAGCGCCAAGCACGUGGCCGCGGAUCUGGCCUCGGGCACCCUGGACCCCGCACACGAGGCCUUCGCCCAGGGCAUGUACGACCUUGCCCCCAAGAUUGAGAAGCCAGCGGACAAGCCAGCGGCGGCGCCCAAGGAGGGCGAGAAGGCGGCGCCGCCACCGGCAGAAGACGCGGGGCCCAAGUUCGCGCCCAACACCUGCUGGAGCGCGGAGCGAGUGGCGCACGACCUGGAGCUCAGCCGCCGGCUCAUCCGCAAGCUGGAUGCCGAGAAAAGCAUUGCGGAGAACCCGCUGCUGCCCAAGCUGGCGACGGCGCCCUCCCUGGGCGACGCUGGCAAGGACGGCGGCGAGGACGGCGACAAGCCUGAGGCCGGCGCCAAGCCUGAGGGCGGUGCAGAUGGCGAAGGCGGCGCGGCGGAGGCUGGCGAGGGCGCUGCCGCAGCGGCUGCACCGGAGGCGGCAGCGCCGGAGGCGGAGCCGCCCAUCGUGGUGGAUGACUCGAACUACCAGGAGAGCGUGGGCAAGCUGGACCUGCAGCUGCACUGGCUGUGGAAGGUGCACGGCGUGGACUACUACGCCGGCAUUGAGCUGAACGAGCAGGACUGGCCGUACCGCCUGAACUGCUGCCGCCUCAUCCGCGGCCCCAAGCCUGAGGAGGGUGAGGGCGAGGACGAGGCGACGGCCAAGGCCGACCGCGAGAAGCUGGGCCGGCAGGUGGACGAGACGUGGAACCGCCGCAUCUCGCUGGGUGACCCCAUCGAGGCCAAGUGCAUGAAGGCGCGGAUUGAGGACGAGCUGGACAAAUGGAUCGAGUCGCAGGUCACCAUGGUCGCCGAUAACAAGUGGGGCUCUAAGCUGAGCAACAAGCUGUUUGUGGGCAAGAAGUAUGUGAUCAAGCACAUCAAGACCAAGCACCAGGACAAGCUGGCCGUCGAGCGCGAGCGGAUCCUGGACCAGCUCUACUUCGACAACUUCCGCCAGUGGAAGGAGGACGAGGAGCGCCGCCGUGUGGAGGAGGAGCAGCACGCGGGCGAGGGGGCGCCGGAGGGCGAGGGCGCGGUGGUGGAGAGCGAGAGCGGCUACGCCGGCCGCGGCCGCGGGCGGGGCGGCAUGGGGAUGCGCGGCCGCGGGCGCAUGGGUCGCGGCAUGAUGGGCCGCGGCCCCAUGAUGGGCAUGGAGGGGCCCCUCAUGAUGCCCAUGCCCAUGGCCCCCAUGUUUAUGCCGCCAGGCCCCAUGGGCCCCUUCAUGCCCAUCCUGCCCGGCCCCAUGCCCCUGAUGCCGCCCGGCCCCAUGCCCCUGCGCGGCCGCGGCCCCAUGCGCGGCCGCGGGCGCGGCAUGGGUCCCGGCCGCGGCAUGGGCGGGCCGCCCAAGCUGGACCCCCGCGGAAUGCGCGAGUACUUUGACCUGGACCACCCCGCCAACAACCGCGCGGUGCUGGACUACGGAGACCUGUAGAUUUCAUCUUUGGAUCCAGUCGGAGAUACAGACAGCAGCAUUGAGGAGCGUUGGGCAAGGAGGGGUGGAGCAUGAGGUGCGUGUGUAGGUUUAAGCGGAGCACGCACGCUCGGAGAGGGUGGACGCAGGCGUGGACGUUGCGGACACGGGCCAGAAGGAAAUGCAGGGCACAGGCGGCGAAAGCUGGUGGCGACUUGCAACGGCUGCUUGAUGCUGGCGCCCCAGGAGUCGUUGAUGGAGGCAGUCGCUGGGACGGAUAGAGCUUGACAGCACGGCUACACGUUGCGCGGACAUGAAUGCUUCAUGUGAGCUGGAAUUACAACUGUGGAGGCAAUCACCUAUCAGAUUGAUGGGUGGCAAGUGAACUUCGCUGAGAGCACCGGACGGGAUAGGACCCAUAGGACUCGACUUACGUAUCCAACGCGGCUGCAAGGGCCUGUUGCAGAUGCUACGACUGUUGUAAUCUAUGGCCCAAGGAUUUUGAAGUACAUGCCUUCAGCUUCACCCAGCACAAUGGGCAUGCAGCCAUGCACACAAUACCGCAACAAUCUGCCCGUCCUGCCAUCCAAUGAAGCAGCCACAUUACAGCCCUUUCGUCGUGACGCAUGUCGUUGAUCGGUACACCAUCCAGUGCAAAACUUAUCAUAUAUUGAUACAACAGUGCAUGCACGCGGCAUCCCUUCUGAUACCGAUAACCUCACGCACCUUGCUUACCGUAUGGUACUCACGCCUCAAUACCAGAUUACUAGUCUUCCAGGCCUCAUUUGUGCAUGCACCCUUUCAACAGGGCCUAUGGUGCACCAGCACAACGCUUGCAACCGGCGGCGGUGUAUGGUAUUUAAGUCAAGACCAGCCACCUUAUUAUGCCUGCUGCAUCCCGCCUGCACCUCGCAACUGCCGCCACUCCCGAGCUUGACUGCAUUCAAUUCAGUCUUACUAACGCAAAGGCUGCUGUGAC